ACGCGCGUGCGCGCUCCCGGGGCGGUCGCGGGCGGAGGGGGCGGCUCCUCGAGUGUCGGCGGCGACCCUAAGGCCGAGCGGCGGGCGGGCGGCAGGUGCCGCGGCCGGGCGCCGCAGCCUCUUGGCGCGUCCCCGCGAUGAGCCUCGAUCCCCGGCCUGCCCCCGCCGGCUGCCGGCCCGCGCGGGCCUCACGGCGUGACCUGAGCCUCGUGGCGUGGCGGGCCCCCGCGGCGCGACGCGGGCCCUGAGCGGGAGCGGCGGUGCCUCCCGCGGCCCAGGCCUCGCCCUCCCGCGCUCCUCGAUGUCUCCCCGGCGGGGAGGACGCUGCCUGCGACACCAGCCGAGCGGCGCCCCCCGGAGCGCCCCGCUGCCGCCCCGCGGGGACGAUGAGGGCGGAGGGCGCCAGCCACUCGAUGAUCAACCUGUCGGUGCAGCAGGUCCUGAGCCUCUGGGCCCAUGGCACGGUGCUGAGGAACCUCACGGAGAUGUGGUACUGGAUCUUCCUCUGGGCUCUCUUCUCCUCUCUGUUUGUCCACGGUGCUGCAGGCGUGCUGAUGUUUGUGAUGCUGCAGAGGCACAGGCAGGGCAGAGUCAUCUCCGUCAUUGCCAUCAGCAUCGGCUUUCUGGCUUCUGUAACUGGAGCAAUGAUUACUAGUGCAGCCGUGGCAGGCAUCUACAGAGUGGCUGGGAAGAACAUGGCCCCCCUGGAAGCCCUGGUGUGGGGCGUGGGGCAGACUGUACUGACACUUAUCAUCUCCUUUUCAAGGAUCCUCGCGACACUUUGAGGUUCUGAGGGAAUGUCUUCUUAACUAAGUAAAUGGAUGUACAGCUUCUCCGGAAAUGGUGUUAACCAGCUGAAAUGAAAUUGUACAAGCAGGGACCCAGCAAGUCAAAACGUAAGGAAGACCUUGAGCUGUGUGGAAAGCCCGCCCUCUGGCGUCCAAGCGAUUGCACUACCGCACUGCACCUUAUGUGCCUCCAUCCCAGGCAAGGUGCACAAGACACUAUGUGAAGCUGCAAGAAAAAGCACCUUGUUUAGCUGCCAAUCAGGUUAACAUUGGUGUUGAAAUCAUCGUUCUCAACAGUGUUCUGUUAAGUUACAGGGACGUUUUGAGAAAUCAAUCUAUGUGCCAAACUUUUCUUUCUGUUAACAUUGAUCAUGUGACAGUUUGUAAGUGUAGAUGUAGGUGAGUGCUGUGAAAAUGACAUGGAUUCAGGAAACGUAGUCAGGCUCUGUUUGUAAUGCUAACUUCCAUAUGAAUGCCGAAUACCAGGUUUUCAAUACUAAGGAAGGUAUUUGGUUUUUAAAGCUGAGUAUUUCUGGGACUUGGGGCUUUACUGUGUCUAUGUAUUGUUAUUUAAUUUAUAUGGAAAACAAUAGUCUUCUUCGUGGAAUACUAGCUGAGUGUUGUAAGGACUCAAGUACACUUGGAGGGUACACACUUUUCAGUAACUCACCCCCUUUGAAUAGUUUCCCUUACACAUCAUAUUCUAUUUAUAUGGAUUCAGAACCUUUAUGGGUCAAACACAUUGUCACUCACAUGUCACAAAUAUAUCAUUGAAAAUUUUUCUUAUACAUUUUGUAAGAAAAAGUCUGAAAUGCAUGUUGCAUUCUUUAACCCUUCUAAGAACGUUUUUGCGGUAUGUUACAGAACACAACCUUCUAAUUCGUGUUACAGUGGGAUUGUGUUGUGCCGUGUGCAAGUCUCAGCAGUCUUUGAUUCCAGAAUACUAACUGCUUAGAGAAUGGCCUAAAUUAGGCUCUGGGAUUUAAAAUGCCUCAUUUAUAGAAGUAAGUACCUUACAUAGGAAGAGCAGUAACUGUCAUCCCCUGUAUGUGUGGCAGGGUUAGGAUGACCUAAGGGAUGACUGGGGGACACUGUCAUUCUAUAGGUUGGCAAUUAGUUUGAAUGUGUCAGGACGAGGGGUUCAUUUGAGUGAUGUCAUUUGAGUGUGUGCUUCUGAGUUAAUACCAGAGUCAAAUAGGUCUCUGAUCACUUUCAUUACAAGUAGAAGUAUCUUUUAGGAGGCUUAGAUAAAUACACAGUUGUUAUGAUUACUGAUCCUGGUUGAACUGAGUAGUGUGUGUGUGUGUGU